AACCCAAUAAGCAGGCGUUCCGUUGCGAAAUGCUAUUCGGUUUCAUUCUCAAACCGAAAAUGUCUCUUCUCUCCCUUUCAGAUUUCAAAUUUCCCUCACCGUCCGCCUUUCCUUUCCACUCUAACGCCCUGAUUGAAUUAAGGAAGAAAAGCUGAAGCUACAGACCCAAAACCCUAUUCAUGAAGAGAGCAGGGAGAAACGUGGCGAUUCGGAGAGGAGAGAUGAUGAUGAUGACCGUUCUCCGUUCUGCCGGUGUAAACACCCUUGAAGCGUCACCGUAUUCCGGCGUUAUGGUCCGCCGGAUCAUGAUGCUUGCGCUUCUCUGUGUUGUUGUCGCAUUACCAUGUGUUCUUAUCUAUAAUGCUGCCUUUACUUUCCGACUUCUCUCUCGCCCUUUUGAUGGUUAUUCUAUGUUCAACCACGUUUUCUCCUUUGAUGCCAUUGAGUCUGAUUUAUCUUCGGAUAGUGAGGAACUGAGACUGGAAAGAGUUUUAAAGGCAGCAGCCAUGGAGGAUAGAACUGUUAUCUUAACCACUUUGAACGAAGCAUGGGCAGCUCCAGAUUCCAUUUUUGAUCUCUUCCUUGAGAGCUUCCGGAUUGGGGAUCAUACACACAUGCUUUUGAAUCACUUGGUGGUUAUUGCCUUGGACCAAAAGGCAUAUACUCGUUGUUUGGCUAUGCAUACCCAUUGUUUUGCUCUUCUCACUGAAGGAGUUAAUUUCUCCGGAGAAGCAUAUUUCAUGACCCCCGAUUACUUGAAAAUGAUGUGGAGAAGGAUUAAUUUUCUACAGUCUGUUCUUGAGAUGGGAUACCACUUCAUUUUUACAGAUGCUGACAUCAUGUGGUUCCGUAAUCCACUUCCACACUUCUAUUCAGAUGCAGAUUUCCAAACAGCAUGUGAUCAUUUCAUAGGUAACUCAUAUGAUGUACAGAACAAGGCAAAUGGAGGAUUUAACUAUGCCAAAUCCAAUAACCGGACAAUAGAGUUCUACAGGUUCUGGUACUCCUCAAGAGAAACCUAUCCUGGAUAUCAUGAUCAGGAUGUGCUAAACAUAAUAAAAUAUGAUCCUUUCAUUAUUGAGAUUGGAUUGCAGAUGAGAUUUUUGAAUACUGCUUACUUUGGUGGAUUAUGUGAGCCAAGCAAAGAUUUAAAUGAAGUAUGCACUAUGCAUGCAAAUUGUUGUUAUGGUUUGGAUAGCAAGCUCCAUGAUCUUAAAAUUAUGCUUGAGGAUUGGAGAAGAUUUUUGUCUCUUCCAGAAGAUUUGAAGCAGUUGAGACUAUCAUCCUGGAGGGUACCACAAAAUUGCAGUCUUACAUCUCUCCGCCAUCAUGGUUUGCCUCCAAAGAAUAUUGAACAAGAAGAAAGUGAUUGACAGUAUUAAGUCCAGUUUCAAUAUAUUUGAGGUUUUCCUGGGACCAGUUUUCUGAAGGUAAAAUCAAAGGUUAUUUUGUCAAGGCCUUUCAUUGAUUCACUUGUGUUGUGUAUACCUGGAAUAGAUGACAAAACUCAACAUAAUUUUAGAUAGCCAUAACCAUACAAUGUUUAUGUAAAUAAUAUAAUUUGUAAAAGAAAUAUUGAGCAAGUAUUGUUUGACAGUUAAAUCUUUAUCAAGUUGACUUUAUUCAUAAUGAGUAUUUGUAAUAGAGGUACUACUUUAUUGUAAAUAAAAUAUUGUUAGCUUCA